UCCUCUAAGAGUUUGCCUAUCUCUCUGCCUCAUCCUUUUUCUUUCAGUACCUCAGGCCACUUCUAGCAAGAAGUGAACACAAAGAACAAACCAGGUAGAACAUGUUGAGUAAAUAUUGAAAUCCUGCUGCUCCGUGGCGUAGAGAGCCAUAAGAUUGGCAUUAUCUGGUAUGGGGUCAAACUUGCAGAGGGUCUCUAAUUCCUUCCCUUUUUCAUGCCCCUUUUGCCAGAUAGGAGGGCGUGGCCAGACCUGGGAAGUGAGGCAGAGUGGUCAAUAGUGCUGACCCCUUUUCUUUAAAAACCAUAAGUCCCACACACAUUUCCCUGAGAUGGCUUCAGACCUCACUCUCUCUGUCUUCCGGUUCUGGAGUCUGGCUGUAGUGUUUAAAUCUGGCGCGCUUCACAUGGAUUGGCUACACCGGAGAGUGGUUUGCUGUCGGCUCGCCGCAGCUCCUCCUCUCCUCUUUCCCCGGGCAGAAGGUUUUCAAAUUCUACCAAUCGGAGGGCGCGUUCUCUCAGCCGGGGCGCGCCACCGAUUGGUUAACUGCAGCCAACCGGAGGCGGGUAUUAAAGAAAAGAGCCAAUCAGGAGGGCGCGGGGGUGUGCCCUGGGGGGCUUAUAAGGGCGGCUUCUGGGCGCGCGCGGCACCAGUUGGACUGCGGCGGCGGCUGUUUUUCGUCCUUGCGACAGGCGUUCUCCUCAACGUUCAUCUACCUCACGCAGCAUGUCGGGCCGCGGCAAGACCGGCGGCAAGGCCCGCGCCAAGGCCAAGUCUCGCUCAUCACGCGCCGGCCUCCAGUUCCCGGUGGGCCGCGUGCACCGCCUGCUGCGCAAGGGCCACUAUGCCGAGCGAGUGGGCGCCGGCGCGCCAGUCUACCUGGCGGCGGUGCUCGAGUACCUCACCGCCGAGAUCCUGGAGCUGGCGGGCAACGCGGCCCGCGACAACAAGAAGACGCGGAUCAUCCCUCGCCACCUGCAGUUAGCCAUCCGCAACGACGAGGAGCUCAACAAGCUGCUGGGCGGUGUGACGAUCGCCCAGGGAGGCGUCCUUCCCAACAUCCAGGCCGUGCUGCUGCCCAAGAAGACCAGCGCCACCGUGGGGCCGAAGGCGCCCGCCGGCGGCAAGAAGGCCACCCAGGCCUCGCAGGAGUACUGAGGCCGCCCGCGCCGCCACGGCCGCCGCCCGGUCUUCCCUUCGCCACCACAAAGGCCCUUUUAAGGGCCACCACAGCCCUCACGGAAAGAGCUGGGCCACGACGGGCUCCCGGCCGCGCGCUCGCCCCCUCCCCAGCCUCGCCGCCGCCUGCCCGCCCCUCCCCCGCGCGGCCCGCUCCCGCUGUGGCUCCGCCGAGGACGGCCGUUUGAAAGCCGCUCGGCCCCGGGGUCCAGCUCGUGACUGCUGGCCUGGCCGCAGACGCUGAUGGGCUGCGGGGAGGACGCGGCGCCUAAUGGAAGGCUGGGCCGGCCGUGCUGACGCAGGGCCGGGGAGCGCGGCGGGAAGGUGAGUGGGUGCGGAGGCCGCCGGCGGGGCCGCGCGCGUUACUCUCCAGCCCGUUGCUCUGGCCGCGACUUCUGACGGAACUCGAUUUCGGGCGGCGGCGGAGUCGGUCACUUAAUUUGUUCCGGGGCCCCUUUGCUGCCGGGUCCCGGGCCUUGCACGUCCGCGCUCCAUCCAUCUCCGCUCGAAGGCCCGUGCGCGUCCGGGACGAGACACUUGGCGGUGUGAGCGUCUCCCGCGGUGGCCGGUUCGGGCGGGGUGGGGGCCGCGCCCCCAGGCCCGCUCCCCUCCCGGAGGGUCCACUGGGCAAGCCAAGCACCUAGAUACCAGCACUACUAGUCCAUUAACCCCCGUCUGGACUGAGCCGCCGUUGGCUUCGGAACUGGAAUUUUGCAGCUAACCCAUCCGAGACUAGUACUUUAGGUAUUGGGGAGUUUCAGAUGGACUAAUUUUGUUUAUUAAAGGAUUGGUUUUUAUAUAUA